UUUUUUUAGAUAAAUAUCAAAGAAAAAACGCCUACAGAAAAAUUAAGCACAAACAAAAAAAAUUUUUUAAUCUCGAAACAAUUUUAUUUUAUUAUUCUAACAAUUAUGUCGACUAUUGUUGAAGUUGCAGUACAAUUUUUAAGUUAUUUAUUAUCUUUAUUACCAUUUAUAAUAACAAUUAAAAUAUUAAAAUUUAUUAUAAAAAAAAUAAUAUAUCUUAUUAAAACAGGGCAAUAUAAUAAAAAAAUAUGUAGUAAAAUGGUUGAUAGGAUACAAAUAGCCGAAACAGCCGUAAGAAUUUUAAAAAUUCAUAAAGAAGAACACAAAGAUUUUUUUUCGGAAGAUAAUUAUAAUAAUUUACGGAAAUUAGUCGAUGUUAUGCGUGUGAUGAAAAAAUUUAUUGAAGAAGUUUCUCUAUCAACAAAAUUAAGUAAAUUUGUUCAAGCUAAAAAUAUUAAAAGGGUGUUUAUUAAUUUAAAUAAAAAAUUAGAUUCCACCAUUAAAAUCCUGGAAUUUGACUUCAUGGUUUAUUUCAAUGCACGUGCUGAUAAUGAUAAUAAAAAAAUUAUGGCUGAUAUCGAAGGUUUAUUUAAGUAUUUUAAAAUUAUUGAAGCUGGUUUAACUGAUAUGAGUAAAAAUCUCUCCAAAGUAUUUGGACAAUUGAGCAUACUUAUUAAUACAGAAAAUCAAAUGAUUACGGAUCAAAAAAGUAGUAAACAGAGCGAAAAUUCUGUUCCUGUUACUUUAGAAGACAUAAAAGUAUCACUUAUAGAAGAAUUAAGUAAAAUACUUAAGAAAAGAGUAAAUACAUAUCAAACAGCCGAGCAUAUUGAAAGAAUAUGUGAUGUAAUGUUAGAUAGAGUACAGUUAGCCGGAAUAGUCAUAGAAAAUAUAGAGAAUUUAAAAAAUCGUAAAGAAGUACAUAAAGAUAAUUUACAAUUAGCUAAUAAUAUUGUUGCUGAGAUACGUAGAUAUUUUACUAACAUUUCUCAAUUAACAGAAUCAAGUAAAUCCUUUCAUGCUAAUGAGAUUGAGAAGAGAGCUAUUGGUUUAAAUAAAGAAUUAAAUUCUAUUAUUCAAAUCCUUGGAUUUUACCUCAUGGUUUAUUUCAAUGAACGUGCUGAUUUAAAUAAUGAAAAAAUUAAACAAGAUAUCGAAGACUUAUCUAAGUAUCUUGAGUACAUUAUUGGUUAUUUAGCUGAUACGAAUGAAAUUGUCUCAAAAGUACUUGAACAAUUGGGCGUACUUAAUAAUACAGUGAAUCAAAUGAUUACGGAUCAAGAAAGUGACAAACAAGGAGAAAAUUCUGCGAGUUUUUUACCACUUAUAGAAGUGCGGAGCAAAAUACUUGAGAUAGGAGAAGACAUGUAUCAAACAGCCGAGAAUAAUGAAAAAAUAUGUGAUAUGGUACAAUCAUUCGGAAGAGAAUUAGAAUAUUUAAAAAAUUUUGGAGAAAAAUAUAAAGAUUUUUUUUCGAAAGCUAACACUAAUUAUAUUGAUUUACAAAAAUUAGUUAACAAUGUUGAUGCUAAGCAUAAAUUUCUUACAGAACAAUUAAAAGAAUUAAGUAAACGUGAUAUUGAGAAGGCGACUAUUUAUUUAAAUAAAGAAUUUGAUUCUACUAUUCAACUCCUGAAAUUUGACUUUAUAGUUAAUUUCAAUACAUGUGCUGAUAGAAACAAUGAAAAAUUUAGAGAUAGUAUCAAUGAAUUAUGUAAGUGGCUUCAAAUUAUUGGAGAUGGUUUAACUGAUACGAAUAAAACUCUCUACGGAGUAUUAUUAGGACAAUUGAGCGUAAUUGAUAAUACAGUGAAUCAAAUGAUUACCGAUCAAAAAAAGUAGUAAACAAGAUACAAAAAAUAUUUAGGACCACCUUAUUUUUAAGGAUUAAAAUUUUAUGCGUCCCUGCAGGACCCCGAAAAAUACAUAUAAAGGUCACAUGUAAGUUUGCUUAACCAUAUUAGUAAAAUUUCCAAAAGUCAUAAAAUUUUAUUUGCAUAGAUUUUGAGAUUUUUUAAAAGGUUAUAUAUAUAGUUUGCAUAAUAACAAUCAUUUUUAUAUAUGUCAUAUAUUUUAAUUUGCGUAGUCAACGGUAUUUUUUAAUAAAAUAUAUAUAUAUAUAUAUCAAUAUAAUUCCAGC